UUUAAACAAGCCACUGUUUACAUCGCACUUUCUCGUUCGUACUGGCUCCUUCCCGAUACCGCACUCUGACGCAUUACAGACGCAAGUCCCGCUGAUAAUCGCUCCGUUUGCUGACUGCGUACCCUUGCGGAGAAUCCUGUGCAUGUUUUCGCUCUAACUAGCAGCAUCCCAUCAGCCAACCGCGUGUGCGCGUUCGAGGUUGAUCAUUUACCGCCACACCGAAACCUGAUUGCAAAUCUCAACAGUCAACAGUCGAAGUUUGUGCGGAUCGAACGGCGCUUGAUUAUCAUCGCACUUUUGCGGGGUCCCGCGUUCAGUAUUUCGAGAAAACGAUAUUUGUUUUGGGCAUUUCCCAGCAUGGAACGGAUUUUUAGCGGCUACAUCAAGGCGCACGGAUACGCGAUUGCAGUGGCCGCCCUCACCUUUGGGUUCAUCUUUGCCAUCGAUGUGUUACAAGUUGAUGACCUGCGACAAACCCGAUCAUUGGAUGACAGCGGUGUCUACCUUGAUCGACCCAGUGGCGGAACAUACUUUCGGAUGCGGCCCUUGGGGCAGCUGAUAUUCUCGCUGGUUUGGAUACUCGCAGGGUUUAUUUUUCUCGUGGGGAUGGCACUCGAGAAAAAGGAAACGAUAUUUCCUUUCGCUACUAUUUUUGCCAUCGAUUGGAGUGUGAUCCUGGUGCAGCAUCUGACGAAACUGGAGCGGCGAAGCUUCCACGAGGUGGUGCUGUCGGUUGACACAGCUGUUCUCGUCGUGAUCCCCGUGUAUGUUGGAUUCACGCUAGCCGUCCUGUACAAAUUAUUCGAAUGUCGACCCUCGGAAACGGACGGCGACGGCUGUGACGACAUCGAGAGCUCUGAUAAACCGGUCAAGUUUACGCUGGGCGAUGAGUUUGACGACUCCUGGGUCAGCUAGCGAGCGGAGAUGACCGUACCAAAACAAGCUUGUAUUAUUCAUUAUUUGUAAAUAAUUAUUUUACGAAAUACAAACAACAACCAUACAGUAUCAUUGGUUAUCCCCCUCUGUUCUCGCCGUUCGCUUCUAUUCUUCUCCGCCCUGAAGUGAUCAUCCGCCAUUAAUGAUCAUCAACAAGGCGACGGUUGAUCGCUCCCAUGUAUCUCGACUUAUGACCAGACACCGUUAUCAGCUUACAGCUUCGGCUUCGGAAAAGGAAUCAUCGUUCACUGAUAAGGGUUCUUUGAAAAACCAAUCAAACAAUGCAAUCGGGCGUGAUUCGAUGAACGCGCUCUAAGACUCUCUCAGUCGAUUAUUGUAACCUACGUUGGUUGGAUUUCUUGUCGCCCAAAAUGGAGCAGAAAUUGGUUAGAUUUAUAAAAUUCCACGGAUACUUGUUUCUAGCUUGGGCCCUGUUUUUCGCCGCCCGUGAGCUAUGGCUGCUAACUGUGGAUGCCCUCUACUCGAAGCAUAACAAUUGGAUGUAUGAUACAGAUAAUUCCUUCCGAUGCUACCCGGUUGUGAGAUGGAUCUUCGCCCUGCUCUGGUUGGUUUUCCUUGCCGUCAUGUACUCGGGAUUGAAAUGGGAAGAUCGAUGCUUCCUCAAGCCGGCCAAGUAUUUGUUCCUCAUAGAAGUCCUUAACGUUCUGAUACAGGAUGUUCUUCACACCUACAAUUACGAGCCCAAUGAGCGACUGAUUCGAGACUUCCAAUACAUGUUUAUUUUUUGCGCGAUUGUCGGCUAUGUGAUAUACACUUUCCACAUAUUGGGCGUUCUGUUCACCAAACCCACACGAGGUGAAAUUGCAACUAGUGCUAGCAAGGUGGCAAUUGUCAACUACGAUGGUACAUCGGUGUGAACUGAUAACAGGAUUUUGCAGUUCGUUAUCGAUUUCGUGUGAUAUUUCUUUUUUUUUUUGUUUUGAAUAGAGAAACAAAUCAGUGUCGUCCAAGUAGCGUUCAAAAUAAAGACCGCGAGAGAGAAAUUCGUUUAUCAAAAUCGUCGUAAGUGCAUGAGAAAGUGAAAUUACAAAUGAGUGAUAAUUUGUAUGUGUAACAUAUGUGUAAAAUAAGACUUACAGUUGUGAUGAAAUAAACGGUUUGUGGAUGAACUGGAACAA